UCGUCUGAGGAGAGUCGGUUCUUCUGUAGCUCCUCAAAGAAGUGCAGCCAUGGGGGUCAACCUCUGCGUUCUGAUUCCCAUUGCCCUGGUGGUCCUCCAUGGGACAUCUGUCUCUGGUGCACCAAGGUGCCCGCCUCUGACUCUAGCGGACACAACAUCAUCCUGCACCAAAGCACCCAACAGUAACGGCUACCCCAAAGGCACGAUCUGCACUUUCGCGUGUAGGUCAGGGUGCGUCAGGGACUCAGGGGCAAGAGAGAGGGAGUGUAAAAUCCGGCCUAUCCGCUGGGCUGGUGGACGCGGCCUGGAGUGCUUGUGUAACCCAUGCAGUACAACUCCCAGCCACCCCGAGGGUUACCCCAGAGAUUGCGGUGGCAGCAGCGCCCCCUAUCCUGCCGGCCAUACCUGCACCUUCGCCUGCCCGGAGAAUUACUACCAGAUCGGAGGCGAUGAGGACAUACUGUGUAAUAAUGGAGAAUGGAAAGGAACCGAUCUAGUGUGUGAAUUUGACGACUGCCAUUCCGACCCAUGUGAAAACGGUGGCACCUGUACUGACGGCAUAGAUACCUACACCUGUGAAUGCACACCUGGAUGGACCGGAGACAACUGUACAGUAGAUGUCGACGAAUGCAUAACCAACAAUGGUGGAUGUGAGCAUACCUGCACGAACAAUGUGGGCAGUUUUGAAUGUUCUUGUGAUGACGGCUAUGUCUUGAAUGCAGACGGCUUGAACUGUGAUGAUAUCGACGAAUGUUUGACUGACAAUGCUGGAUGUGAGCAGAUUUGUAUCAACAAUAAUGGCAGUUUUCAGUGCUCGUGUUGGACGGGCUAUAGCUUACAUGCCAACGGCUGGGCCUGUGCCGAUGUUGACGAGUGUACCCCCUACAACGGUGGAUGUGAGCAGAUCUGUAUCGACUUGGAUGGAGCCUGGGAAUGCGACUGUUAUGUUGGCUACGUCUUAAAUGCAAACGAGACGAACUGUGAUGAUGUCAACGAGUGCGAGAGUGACAAUGGUGGAUGUGAGCAUAACUGUACGAACACUGUCGGCAGUUUUGUAUGUUCCUGCGAUGUUGGCUAUGCCUUGAGUGGUGACGGCUUGACCUGCGAUGAUGUGGACGAAUGUGUAACAGACAAUGGUGGAUGUGAUCAAAACUGUACAAACAAUGUCGGCAGUUUUGAAUGUUCUUGUGAUGACGGCUAUACCUUGAAUGUCAACGGCUUGAACUGUGAUGAUAUCGACGAAUGUGACACUGACAAUGGUGGAUGUGCGCAUACCUGUGCGAACACUGACGGCAGUUUUGAAUGUUCUUGUAACGUCGGCUAUGCCUUGAAUGGUGACGGCUUGGCCUGUGAUGAUGUCGACGAAUGUGAAACCGGUAAUGGCGGCUGUGCUGACAGCUGUGACAACACGGUGGGCAGUUUCACGUGCAGUUGUGGCGACGUCGGUUAUCAACUAAAUGUCGACGGACUUGCAUGUGACGAUGUCAACGAAUGUGACACUGACAAUGGUGGAUGUGAUCAGACCUGUGAGAACACUGACGGCAGUUUUGUAUGUUCUUGCGGUGACGGUUACACCUUGAAUGGCGACGGCUUGAACUGUGAUGACAUCAACGAAUGUGACACCGACAAUGGAGGAUGCGCGCAAACGUGUACAAACAAUGUCGGCAGUUUUGAAUGUUCUUGUGAUGUCGGCUAUACUUUGAACCUCGACGGACUUGACUGUGAUGAUGUGGACGAAUGUUUAACAAACAACGGUGGAUGUGAUCAGAACUGUGCGAACACUGACGGCAGUUUUGUAUGUUCUUGUGGUGAAGGCUACACCUUGAAUGUCGACGGCUUGAACUGUGAUGAUGUCAACGAAUGUAACACUGACAAUGGUGGAUGUAAUCAGACCUGUACAAACAAUGACGGCAGUUUUGAAUGUUCUUGUGAUGUCGGCUAUACCUUGAAUGUUGACGGCUUGGCCUGUGAUGAUAUCGACGAAUGUGCAACAGAAAACGGUGGAUGCAAUCAGACCUGUGCGAACACUGACGGCAGUUUUGAAUGUUCUUGUAACGCCGGCUAUACCUUGAAUGUUGACGGCUUGGCAUGUGAUGGUGAUUCAUUUCCAGAUAUCGACGAAUGUGACGCCGGCAAUGGCGGAUGUGCGCAAACGUGUACAAACACUGUCGGCAAUUUUGAAUGUUCUUGUAACGCCGGCUAUGCCUUGAAUGUUGACGGCUUGGCAUGUGAUGGUGAGUCCGAUUUACUUCUUUCACGUCUUAUUAUCAAUGUCUUAAACGUCGAUGGCAUGUCCUGUGAUGACAUCAACGAGUGUAACGACGACAAUGGUGGAUGUGAUCAGAACUGUGCGAACAAUGUCGGCAGUUUUGAAUGUUCUUGCGAUGUCGGCUAUACCUUGAACCUCGACGGACUUGCCUGUGAUGAUGUGGACGAAUGUUUAACAGACAAUGGUGGAUGUGAUCAGAACUGUACAAACACUGACGGCAGUUUUGAAUGUUCUUGUGGUGACGGCUACACCUUGAAUGUUGACGGCUUGAACUGUGAUGAUAUCAAUGAAUGUGACACCGACAAUGGUGGAUGUGAUCAGAACUGUACGAACACUGUCGGCAGUUUUGUAUGUUCUUGCGAUGACGGCUAUGCCUUGAAUGUCGACGGCUUGAACUGUGAUGAUAUCGACGAAUGUGCAACUGACAACGGUGGAUGUAAUCAGACCUGUACAAACAAUGUCGGCAGUUUUGUAUGUUCCUGUAUUAACGGCUAUACCUUGAAUGUUGACGGCUUGGCCUGUGAUGAUAUCGACGAAUGUGACACCGACAAUGGCGGAUGUGCGCAAACGUGUACAAACACUGAUGGCAGUUUUGAAUGCUCUUGUAACACCGGCUAUACCUUGAAUGUUGACGGCUUGGCAUGUGACGGUGAGUCCGAUUUACUUCUUUCACAUAUUAUUAUCAAUGUCUUAAACGUCGAUGGCAUGUCCUGUGAUGAUAUUAACGAGUGCGGCAGUGACAAUGGUGGAUGUGCGCAUAACUGUACGAACACUGACGGCAGUUUUGAAUGUUCCUGUGAUGAAGGCUAUACCUUGAAUGGCGACGGCUUGGCCUGUGAUGAUGUCAACGAGUGCGAGAGUGACAAUGGUGGCUGUGCGCAUAACUGUACGAACACUGUCGGCAGUUUUGUAUGUUCCUGCGAUGACGGCUAUACCUUGAAUGACGACGGCUUGGCAUGUGAUGAUGUCAAUGAAUGUGACACCAACAACGGUGGAUGUGAUCAGACCUGUACGAACACUGAGGGAAGCUUUGAAUGUUCGUGCACGAUGGUUGGUUACGUCUUGAAUGCUGACGGCUUCCUCUGCGAUCUUGAUGGACAAUGGUCAGCCUGGGGUGAGUGGUCAGCAUGUAGCGAGUCAUGUGGCGAUGGGACACAGAUGAGGAGCCGCAGCUGUGACGACCCUGAGCCGGUCAAUGCCGGUGCCUACUGCGUAGGACAUGGCAACGAGACCCAGUCCUGCAACGAAGGGGCCUGUGCAGUUGACGGACAGUGGUCUGCGUGGUUGUCCUGGUCGAGCUGCAGUACCACGUGCGGAGAUGGUACACAGAUCCGCACACGCUACUGUGACAACCCGUGGCCUGCAAACGGAGGGGAGAACUGCCUGGGGGAAGAUGCGGAGGAGUCUCAAUCAUGCAACAACGGAGAUUGUCCAGUUAAUGGGGAAUGGAGUGGCUGGAGCGGGUGGUCAGACUGCAGCACUACCUGUGGGAACGGUGUUCAGGAGCGCAUGCGCACCUGUGAUACCCCAGCCCCGGCCAAUGGCGGUCUCGACUGUGUUGGUCUCUCAACUGAACAACAGCAAUGUGACAGCGACCACACAGUACAGUUCCACUGCAGCUGGGGUGGGGGAGGGGACGUCAGAACCAACUCCAGAGAUAGGAGGCACAAGUUCCUGACGGACUAG